AUGUCUAAUUCUAAGGAGACUACCUCAAGUGACUGCAAUGACUCUCAGAACAGAGACUGUAAUCCCAAGAAAAUGGAGCAUGAAGACAGCAAUCUCUGCCCACCUGACAUUCCAUCUUCCAGCCCUCCGCAAAUUCUUUCGUUGUCAGAGCUCAUGGAAACAGCCAAUGAAGUUUCAAAAAUGACCAUAGCGCAUGAAAUUGUAGUAAACCAUGACUUCAAACUGCAAGAGGUCAAUUUCUCACCAAACAGUUUGGAAAGCAGAAUGAAAGAGACAUUGCACAAAGCAUUUUGGGACAGUCUGAGAGAACAGCUUUCCAAAAUGCCACCAGACUAUUCCCAUGCUAUCAAACUACUUCAAGAAAUCAAAAAGACUCUGCUGUCCCUGCUUCUGCCUCGGCAGACUCGUUUGCGAAGUCAGAUUGAAGAAGCUCUGGACAUGGAGUUGAUAAAGCAAGAGGCUGAGCAUGGAGCUUUGGACAUCCCCAACCUCACUACAUACGUCUUAGGUACAAUGGCAAUGCUCUGUGCACCUGUUAGAGAUGAAGAAGUACAGAAACUCCGAGUUGUGGCAGACCCAGUUCAUCUGCUCAGAGAGAUCUUUCGAGUUCUAGACUUAAUGAAAAUGGAUAUGGUAAAUUUUACCAUACAAACCCUUCGACCCCAUCUCCAGGAGCACUCUGUUCAAUAUGAGAGGAAAAAAUUCCAGGAGCUCUUGAACAAACUACCAGGCAGCCUAGCUUGCACAACUGAGUGGCUGCGUAAGGCGGCAGCUGAAGUAUCAACUUCUGAUUUGCUAUCCUUCUCAUCUACUUCUGAAAUCAAUGGAUCACCUGUUCCCCCCUCCCCCAUGGCUGCUAUUCAUAGUCCUACAGCUGUGCUAAACCAAGCAUACAUGGACUUGCUGCAUUGGGAGCCUGGAAAAGAAGACUAUCCUGAGACUCUGCUGAUGGACAAAGCCCGUUUGCAUUCCCUUCAGGUGGAAGUAAAUCAGCUAGCCAUUAUUGCUGCAGUCCUACUAGUGAGCAGCAGUACAUGUGGAAGUAACGUGUUCAGAAGCUCACUGGGAUGUGGAGAUAGGCUGAAACAAGUAACAAAAACCCUUCUGGAAGGCCUUCCUGAUACAAGGUUAGAAGAUGCUUUACUGGAUAUCAGCAGUCAAAUACAUCAGGAAGUGAACAGGACUCUUCUCCAGCUGGGAUACCCUGCUCUUAGCACUGACAAGGCUACUUCACUUAAAGGCCAACUCGGGAGCCUUGCAGAUAAAGACAAUGCAGUACGGAUUCUAAUUGAGCAACGGAUCCAGACUUUUCUUCGGCACUAUUUGUGUCCUAGUGGCCAGAACUCUAAGAAUCUACUCCAAGGCCUUGGUCCUAUUCAGGAAGAACUACUGGAAGUUGGUCAGAGGUUUGGAAGCUUGAUUAAUCACAACAGGCAGGUGUUUGGUCCCUACUACUCUGGAAUACUGAAGAAAUUGCUGCUUCAAGAAGGAAAGUCUGAUAUAGGGACAGUUUCCUAAUAACCAUCUCAAACGAGGCAGAACAUCUGACACCAGGGAGAGGGGAGAAGACG